AUGGCACGAUCCUGUCUUCCCCUCUGGCCUCUCAUCCUCUUCGGCAUCCUCGAACCCUUAGCCCUAAUAUGGGCCUCCAUCAUCGCAACAACAAAUCCCCUCACCUUCUUCGCCGCCCAAGCUCCCUAUCCCACCAUCGUGAAAAACGAAGCAGAAAACGACAACAGCAACUUCUUCCCCCCACAAGCCCACGCUCUCACCUUACAAAUCGGCAACGUAUUCCUCCUUCUCGCCGCCCUCGCAAUCAUCUGCUCCUGGACAACCCACAAAGAAAUCGCCAAGCGAUAUCUCGUCGUGGUGGCAUGUGCUGAUGUGGGACAUAUUUACGCUGUGUACGCUGCUGUGGGACCCCAGUAUUUUGGGAAUGUUGCUGAGUGGAAUGAUAUGAUGUGGGGGAAUGUUGGGUGUAGCUUGUUUUUGCAUGUGAAUCGCUGGGCGACUGUUGCGGGGUGGUUUGGGAGAGUUGGGUGA